AUGAAUAUAUUUGAUAUUUAAUCAUAGACAUCAUAUUACAACUCAUAAACUAAUUAACGAUUUCGCAAAAGAACUUACAAGUUAGAAAGGUUAUACAAAGUCUAUUCUUUUUAAAGAGCAAAUUCUAAAUUCAAACCAAGUUCAUCCUUAUGCGAAAAGAUACAAGUUAUUCCUGACGAUAAAGCACUGAAUUAAAGUUGCCAAUGUUAUGAUUGUGGAGGUAAAAUAAAAAAGAGAUUACUAAGGAAAUAAGUUAAGAAUCAUAUUCAUAAGUUCAUCAAAGUCAAAUAUUUAGAAUUGAAUUAAAGUUCAAAAAAUUUAGAAGGUUCAAUACUACGAUCAAGUAAAAAUCCUUCUAUGUAAAUGUAAUUAUUAUAUUCAAGACAUACACCUAUCAAUACCAGUAAAGGAAGGACAAAAUUUAAACCUAUCAAUCAUCUUCUUUAAAUGGUCCAUGUGAAAAGUAUGCUAUCAAAAUUAGCAAAUUCUUAACCUAUUCAAUAAUUAUCAUAAAAAUUUUUAUAAUUAAAUCCUUAGACUGUCUCUGAAAAUACUUAGAAAAUAUAAGUCUNUUUAUUUAUAUACCAAAUAAAAUUAAUUAAAAGGCUGCAAACUAAAAAAAACGCAACCAAAACUAGAGAUUUGGCUAAUAUUAAUAUAAAUUACUAAUUUUGA